GACACACCUUUGCUUCCUUUUAGCCAUUCUUAGCAAACAAUAGCAAGCUCCAAAUUUCCCAAAGCUCUUUCAGACAAAGCUUAAUCUGCUUUGGACUCAUAGCAGCAAAGGCAAACCCAUUUCCCUUCCUCUCUCCUCUUCCAUUAUUCUCCUUUCUCUUCUUCCAACCCACCAAGAAAACAGCAAGUGAUUCUCCUUCAGAAAACUACUCCGAUGACGACCCAUUUCCUGAAGCAGCUCACUGAAGACACCAUCAAACACAAGAGAUUGCUGAUUCCUGGGGAGUUCCUCAAGAAAUGUGGGAGAGAAAAUUUGACAAACCCAGUAGUCCUGGAGCCAACAGUCGGAGAUCCAAGGGAGAGGGAGAUGGAGCUCUACGAAGAUGGUGGUGGGUUUUGGCUGAGGAAUGGUUGGCAGGAGUUUGUAGAUCACUAUAAACUUAGCCAUGGAUGUUAUCUGCUGUUUGAGUACAAAAGCUAUUCAAGGUUUAAGCUUUUGAUGCUUGGUGCGAAUGGGCUAGACUGGGAGUUUCCAGCUUCCAGUUUUGUCAACGGUGGAUCAAAUGGAAACCAGGAGUUUCCAGAGGCUGAGGAGGAAGAGAGUGUAGAUGCUCAUUCUGUCGAGAUCUUAGGCCCGUCAGAGGUUAAGGAGAUGAACAACAAUGAUGAAGGUGUUGGAAGGCAGCCAGCCCAGCGGCAGUCUGCAGAGAAUCCCAAGCAAAAAGGGGUUACGAGUGCUAGGAAAAGGAGAACAGCAGAUGAUGGAGAGAGGAGGCAAGUGAACCAGGAUGCUCCAAGGAGAGAUAGAGCUAAUGGAUCCCCCUUCGGAAGAAACAAAGAUGAGAAUUCUCGUAUUUCUUCCAUAGCUGAGCAGGAAGAUGAGCCAGCCUUUUCUUGGAGACCUUCCAGCUCAAAGCCCAGCAGAACCACAACUACUGAAGCUGUAGAUGAAGAUUUAGCAAAAUUCACUGGAUUCUCUUUGAUGAAGGACAAGAACUACAACAACAAUAAUAACAAUGGAGAUGGUGGUGGAAGACAGUCGUGGUUCGCUGCGAAUGCCAACCACGAAGAGUACAAGAGAACCGGUGACAGGAAAAAGAGAAGAACAGCUGAGGGUGGACAGAAUGCGAAAGUGAACAAGGAACCUCCAAGGAGAAGCAGAGCUAACGGAAGCUCAAGUCCGUUCAUGUUUGCACGUGAAGUCGAAAGUGCUUCUAUGGGACCUCCAAGCUCACGGCACAGUAGACCUACAAUUGAAGCUGCAGAUGGGUUUGCUUCGCAAACUGAUUUUCUCCAAGUCAUUAUCUCAAAAAAUUCUUUGGCAAAGAAAGGCUUGAUGAUGCAGGGAGGGUUUGUUGAGAGGCAUAUCACCAAUUGGAAAGAUAAAAUGUUGGAUAUUCGGGUUGAACAAGAGACAUGGCCUGUGGGAAUUGUAUCAGACCACGGUGUUCCUACUCUUUCUAGAGGCUGGUUGGCAUUUGCGCGUCAGAACUCUUUAAAAGUAGGGGACACUCUCAUAAUCGUGCCCACAGCCACUGAAGGUGUUCUGACAGUUCAUAUUCUGCGUUGUUCUUAGAGAGAAGCUACUUGCUAGCUGGAAAGUUGGGUUGUUUAUUUAAGUGGGUUUCGAGAAUGAUUAUCACGGUAGGUUGUUAAAGGAGUCUGUUUAGUUUCUGAUCAUGUUUGCUAAUCCUCUGCUGAAUAUUAUCAGCUUAUGCUGUUGUUUCUCUUUAACUAAUGCUAAGGAAUGUGUCUGAUAUGUAGAACUAAACAGCUGGGACGAUUCUAGAUUGCUAAAGGAGACUGUUCAGUUUCUGAUCAUGUUGCUAAUCCUCUGCUAAAUGUUAUCAGCUUAUGUUGAUGUUUCCAUUAACUAUGGUUUGUGAAUGUUUCUGAUAUGCAGAAUGAAACAGUUGGGAGUUG